AUGCGCCGCGGCCGGGAUUGCUCACCACCUGCAGUGCCCUUUCGGAGGCGGCGGCUGGCACGGAGGCCAGGCUACAUGAGAAGCUCGGCCGGGCCUGGGAUCAGGUUCCCCUCCCCAGCAGUGGGCAUGCCGGCCCGGGUCCUGGGAGGGGUGUGUGGCGAGGAGUCCCACCACUCUGAGUCCAGAGCCGGACAGUGCAGCCUCGACCCAGGAGGCCAGUGUCCAGGCCUCUUGGUCAGGAGCCCUGUUCCUAAGAGCACAACAGCCCCUGCUGUGACCUCUGUGGGCCACCCAGGCCUGGCUCUGACCUCUGUGAGAGGAACCUCAGCACGCUUUGGGAUUCAGCACAGAGCUGGCGCCAGACUGCCCGACAGGCUAAGCAGGCCCCGUGGCCCUGGGAACGCCGGGUGUCGGCCAGAGUAUUCAUCCAUGGACAGUUCGGAGGCCCCGUGCGCUAGCUGGGACGCAGCCUGCCGUGAAGGAGCAAGGGGCACCCGGGCAGCAGGCCCCCUGGCACCAGCGGAGUUGAGUAGCAGCAGCUGCAGCCUUGGAAGUGGCCGCUUAGCCCGCUCAGCCCCUCCUGGCUCUCACGAUGCCUUCACCUCGAGCUUUAGCUUCAUUCGGCUGUCACUGGGCUCCGCUGGGGAACGUGGGGAAGCGGAGGGCUGCCCGCCAUCCAGAGAGGCCGAGUGCCGUCGUCAGAGCCCCCAGGAGGUGGGCGCCAAAGCUGCCGGCUUGGACAGGCCCCACGAGGACCCUCGAUACCUCUCUUGGCCCUUCGAUCUCUCGCCUGCUCAGGGCUCGGCAGACUCCGCCUGGGCUGUAGGGAGCAGCUCCAGGACGGAGCAUGAGAUGCUUUCUUGCCUGGACGUGGAUGCUGAUUCCUCCUGGUCCCCGGAUCCCCUGUUGGCUGACUGCGGAGGUGACGAGGGCGGCGGCUCGGGGGAUGCCCAUCACUGGGACGCCCUGCUCAGGAAGUGGGAGCCCGUGCUGCAGGGCUGUCUGCUGAGCAACCGGAGGCAGGUGGAGGUAACUUCCUUAAGAUUAAAGCUUCAGAAACUUCAAGAAACAGCAGUUGAGGAUGAUGAUUAUGAUAAAGCGGAGACAUUAAAACAAAGGUUAGAAGACCUGGAACAAGAGAAAAGCAGCCUGCACUUUCAGCUUCCUUCCAAGCAGCCGCCUCUUAGCAGCUUCCUGGGUCACCUGGCGGCCCAGGCCCAGGCUGCCUUGCACCACCGGGCCGCCCAGCAGGCCGGCAGUGAUGACAGCCAAGCCCCGCUCAGAAUGGAUCCCUGGCCGUUGGAACCCACUGCUCAGGACAACCUGCAUGUGUCCAUCACGAGGCGAGACUGGCUUCUUCAGGAGAAGCAGCAGUUACAGACAGAAAUCGAAGCUCUCCAAGCAAGGAUGUCUGUGCUGGAAGCCAAAGAUCAACAGCUGAGAAGGGAAAUAGAGGAGCAAGAACAACAACUCCAGUGGCGGGGCUGCGACCUGACUCCCCUGAUGUGCCGGCUGUCCCUGGGCCAGCUGCAGGAGGUCAUCACGGCCUUGCAGGACACCCUGGCCUCAGCCAAUCAGAUUCCCUUCUGUGCGGAGCCACCCGAAAACAUAAGGAGCCUCCAAGAAAGAGUAAAAUCCCUCAACUUGUCACUUAAAGAAAUCACUACUAAGGUGUGUAUGGGUGAGAGACUCUGCAGCACUCUGAGGAAGGAAGUCAACGACAUUGAAACCCGACUCCCGGCAUUGCUUGAAGCCAAAAUGCUCGCCAUAUCAGGAAACCAUUUCUGUACAGCUAAGGACCUCACCGAGGAGAUUAGAUUGUUAACAUCAGAGAGAGAAGGGCUGGAGGGACUCCUCAGCAAGCUGUUGGUGCUGAGUUCCAGGAAUGGCAAAAAGUUGGGAAGUGUUAAAGAAGAUUACAACAGAUUGAGAAGAGAACUGGAACACCAGGAAACUGCCUACGAAACAUGUGUGAAGGAAAAUACUGUGAAAUACAUGGAAAUGCUUGAGGGUAAACUGUGCAGCUGCACGUGUCCUCUGCUUGCAAAAGUGUGGGAAGCUGACUUGGAAGCUUGUCGAUUGCUUAUCCAGAGCCUGCAACUCCAGGAAGCCAGGGGCAGCCUGUCUAUGGACGAUGAGAGGCUGAUGGAUGACGCAGAGGGAGCCGUCUGCACAGCCACUGCAACCGUCCAUGCCAGGGCCCACUCGGAAGAUGAGAGGAAGACUCCUUUGCAAGCAUUUGAAGAAUGGAAGGCUCCCCUGAUCCCCUCUCCACACUGUGCUGGAGGAGAGCAGAAGGAGGAAUCUUACGUCCUUUCUGCAGAACUUGGAGAAAAAUGUGAAGCCAUAGGCAAGAAGUUAAUGCACUUGGAAGAUCAGCUUCACACAGCGAUCCAUAGUCAUGAUGAAGAUCUCAUUCAGUCUCUCAAGAGGGAGCUCCAGAUGGUGAAGGAAACUCUUCAGGCCCUGAGCCUGCAGCUCCAGCCAGCAAAGGAGGUGGGAGACAGGGAGGCUGCAGCUUCCUGUGUGACAGCUGGUGUCCGGGAAGCACAGGCCUGA